GUCAACCGUGGCUGUAGGGGCAGCAAUGGAUCAAUCACAGAAAGACUUCGAGAGGCUUCUCGCCGAAUUGAGUAGCGCCGCCACCGCGGGUCUGUUUGGGACAACUAAAAUUGCUGCAGCAGCCGAGGUGUUCGCGCAAGAGGUGGUAAACCACGCGUUGCGGGCAGGUGCUGAUUGCCCUGCCCCUUCCAUCCAUGCGCACUGCAACAUGUUCCGAAG